AUGGCCGACGCUGUAACAACGCCCGUGUGGUCCAACAGCAGCGGACCUCUGAACCGGAAAUAUGGGAGGAGAAGAAUCCAAACCAUCCCCACGCCCAUCCCCACCCCACCCCCACCCCCACCCCCACGCCCACCUUCUCCUUGUUUAAGACAGCCAUGGAGGACUCUGCCGACGAGCACUGAGGACAAUCUCAACUUCAUGAAAUCUUACCAACCUCGAAACAAAGAAGUCAAACAUCUCAGGAUUCUGCUUCAUGGACCAGUCGGUGCCGGCAAGUCCAGUUUCAUAAACUCUGUUGACAGUGCUUUGAGAGGCAUUCUGGGGAAAAGCUUCACCCUAAAGUACAAAACAUACAAAAUCGAAAAAGAUCACCAGAGCUUCUAUUCUUUUGUUUUCAACGACAUCAUGGGCCUUGAGAAUAACGCCGACAAUGGAGUCCAUGUGGAAGAUAUCAAACUGGCCCUGCGGGGACAUGUGAAGGAUGGUUACAAGUUCAAUCCUUAUGGCCCACUGACAAAGAAUGACCAGGGCUACAACUCCAACCCCUCUCUGGAUGACAAAGUCCACGUGCUGGUCUGUGUGGUUCCUGUCAGCUCAGUCUCUCGGUUAGAUGACAAAGUCGUGCAGAAGUUAAGAGAAGUCAGACUAGCUGCCAGUGAUCUGGGAAUUCCCCAACUGGCCAUCCUCACCAAAGUUGAUCAGGCCUGUCCUGAGGUCAGAUCAAAUAUUCACAACUUGCACAAGAGCAAGAAACUGAAGGGACAGGUGGAACAAUUCAGUGCAAUGCUGGGAAUUCCCAUCAAGUCCAUCUUCCUGGUGAAGAACUACGAGUCAGAAAUCAGCACGAGUGACGACAUCAGCAGGCUGAUUCUGACCACACUGAGACAGAUGGUCACCUUCGGAGAAGACUACAUUAACGACAUGUAGACCGUCUCACUGCUGAGGCAGACUGUCUUUCCUCAGGCUGUUAAAUGCCUUUAUCAGUGUUUUAGCACCUCCUAGUGGUUGUUUUGUCAGAACAGGAAUUAGCUUGUUUAUACAGGAAGUUAAUUGUAAGGAGGCCAUUUUCUCUGCAUGCAGAUGAAGGAGCAGACGUAUGUCGCAUCUGCUACCAUCCUUUCAUUUAAGCUUGUGAAAGCAUCAUCUGUAAGUGUAUUCUGUUUUGUUACCUGAUAUUUAAAUCAUAUAUGUUCAUAUUUGUAAGGUAAAUGCUUUGAACCUUUGCAUAUGUGGUUAUUGGGAAAAUGAAACAUCUAAAGUUGAUAUCGGGUAAAAGGAGACAUAGAUUGUUAAGAGUAUAUUUUAUUUGAAGCGCAUCAUGCUUGAAUACGAAUACAUACAUGUCAUAAGACAUUUUUGAUUAGUUGGAAAUUCAUAUAGUAUAAAGCAGUAAGCUAAAGCUAACUUGUCAGUUGAAUAUUGAUUUCUUUUUUAUAGUUCAUGUUUUCUACAGUUUCACUCUUGCUUCAUAAAUGUAUCUGCAACGACAUCUUAUUAAAAGUGACAACUAAGAUGAA